AUGCUGUUGAUUUAUCUUCAUCCCAUUUGUCUGUCCUUACUCCUACGUUGGGUUCUGCACUUGCGAACACUGCAUAGUGUCUUCGCAACACAAAUCAAACUCUUCUCCGGCUUCAUCUCCUGCGAACGCGCAAAGAUGAUUAAGUCUACACAACUUGCUAGGCUGGAUGGUCUGAUGCUGUGCGCAUCUACCGAUGAUGAGCAUGGUGGUUCCUCUCUGGACGAGAUCAAGUCGCAGGUGAAGAUGGUCUUACGCCGUCUGAAUCGAAACUCCGAACCCCAAGCCAGCAUUGAAAGUGGCCAAUACACACUACACUAUCUCAUCUCCCAAGAUAUAGUCUACAUGUGUAUCAGCGAACGAUCAUAUCCUCGAAAGCUAGCCUUCACCUACCUCUCCGAUUUAAUGACCGAAUUCUCAACCACGUACCCUCUCCAACAAGUCCUCUCGUCCACCAUGCGACCAUAUGCAUUCAUGGAGUUCGACACCUUCAUCUCUCGUACCAAAGCCACAUACUCCGAUUCCCGAGCCACUCAAAAUCUUGACAAGCUGAACGACGAGUUACGUGAUGUCACAAAAGUCAUGACAAAGAACAUCGAGGAUCUGCUGUAUCGAGGAGAUAGCUUGGAACGUAUGGGUGAAGUUAGCAGUCGGCUCAGAGAGGACAGUCUUAAAUACAGGAAGGCCGCCGUACGCAUCAAUUGGGAGUUGAUGUUGAAGCAAUAUGGACCAUUUGCUGGUGUAGGACUGUUCAUCAUCGUCUUCAUCUGGUGGAGAUUCUUUUGAGUCGUUCUCACUGGCAAUCUCCUCAAACUAUACAGAAGAAGUCAUGCGUCGCAACUCACGAAUUUCGUCGAGCAGGCAUUUGCAUGGUUGUAUAUCAAGCAGCGGAUAUGGUAUCUCGACAUCUCAUUCAGGGAGUACAGGCGUUUUCAUAUGAAAGAUGGACUGGGAAAAUGGCAACGCACUUUCAACAAUGAAUGAGGAUAAUAUGUACAACUUCUGUGCUCUGGUGUUUAUGAUCCCCUUAUUUUGACUGUAUCGCACAAUUACAGUCCUACAACUUGAGUUGCCCUAGCUGCAUACUUUCGGAGGAAGUCCUCCCACCCCGCCGUCAUGCGAUUCCUGUGUAGCCAGUUGUUUCCUCUCCUUGAUCUU